CAGCGUCUCAGUUCCGCAAUGCGAAGCGGUAUCUGUCUCGGAAUGUCAGCAGGAUGUGUCAUUAUUAGGCUACUGGCGUUAUGGACCUAAAAAGCGAGCUGCUGAAGUCCAUCUGGUACGCGUUCACGUCUCUGGAUGUAGAGCAGAGCGGAAAAGUGUCCAAGUCGCAACUGAAGGUUCUCUCACACAAUCUCUAUACAGUGCUGAAUAUUCCUCAUGAUCAUGUGGUGUUAGAGGAGCACUUUAAGGACGAUAAUGAUGGGCCCGUGUCCAACCAGGGGUACAUGCCCUACCUCAACAAAUACAUUCUGGCAAAGGCCACAGAGGGGACGUUCUGCAAGGAAACCUUUGAUGAUCUGUGCUGGACGAUGACAUCAAAGAAGAACUGCAAACCCAUCAUUCAACAGGGCCUGUGUUCAGCCAAAGACUGCUUCAAACUCUUCUGUCUGUUCAACCUGCUUUCUGAAGACCGUUACCCAUUAGUCAUCAUUCAGCCGGAGAUAGAGUACCUGCUGACAAAAAUCUCCAAUGCAAUGAGUCUGGAGUGGGAUGGGUCUGCACUGGAGGAACUCUUGUCCCAGAAUGCUGCUCUUCAGGACGGCAUGUCAGUGUGGGAGUUCCUGGAACAUUUGAGUGCUGGCCAGCUUUUGCAUGUAGAGAGCAAGGAGACCUUCAGUCUCGCUGUGGACGAUGUUUUUAUGGAGAUGUACCACGGCAUUAUCAAAAAGGGCUACCUGUUAAAGAAGGGGCACGUUCGCAGGAACUGGCAGGAGCGCUGGUUUGUCUUAAAGCCUAGUAGCCUGAUGUACUAUGUCAACGAGGACCUGAAGGAAAAGAAAGGAGAGGUCCUGCUGGAGGAGGGCAGUGUGGUGGAGAAUCUCUCUGAUAAAGAAGGGCGCCGCUGUCUGUUCUGUGUGAAUACUCCCGUCAGGACCUAUGAGAUGAGUGCCUCAGACAUGAAGCAGAGAGUAGACUGGGUACAAGCCAUUCAGACAGCAUUGAGACUGAGGGCCGAGGGGAAGAGCUCUCUCCAUCAGGAACUGAAAUUGAGCAGGCGCAAGCAGAGAGAAAUCCUUCAGAGAAGCCAGAACAACCAGAGCAGCCACAGUGAAACCAUUACAGUUGAGGCGCCGCAGCACUCUGCUCCGGAGCAGCAGGGGGAGACGAAGAGCUCGGAGCCUCACAUCGAAAGCACCACUCAAAAACAGAGGGAGGUGGAGGCGAAGCGUAUAGAAGAAGAGAAGCAGGAGCGAGAGAAACAGCAGGCAAUACAGAGAGACCUGGAGAGACAGCUCGAAGAAGCUAAAGAGGCCAAAGAGAAGAUGACCGCUACGUUGACUGAGAUGGCGAAGGAGGUACAGCAGCAGAAGAAAAUGAUUCAUGAAUUACAACUCACGCAAGUUAAACUGGAGGAGGCGCUCAAUGCUCAGAUUCAUGCCCGUUUAGAAGAAGACGGAAUCCGACAGGAACUGGAGAGGCAGCUUGAGGAGGAGCAGAAGAAACUUGUAGAGGUUCUCCUUUAUCAAAGUCAGCUGGAAGCCUCUGCUCCGAGGAGUCAGGAGGAUUCUUCCACCACAACACCUCCCAUCAAUCAGCCAACAGAAGAGAGCACAGAGAAGGAGAUACCUGUCCAUGAAUCGACUUCCACUGCAACACCACCCGACAUCCAGCGAUCAGAGAAGAGCAGCCAGCACAACACAGAAAUGCUUAAGAACUGGACAAUUCAGCAUAACCACCUCAUGAAGCCAAUCAGACCAGGAGACAAAGUCGAACAUGUGCCAGUAAAGUCCACCUGCCUCAGACAGGGCCAGGCCCUCACCAGCACAGAGUUCAUUGCUAAAGUUCAAACAGGCAUCACUCAAGAAAAAGGAAAUGGUUACAGCCCAUCACCAACAGAAGAAGAGGAAGAACAGGAUUCCUAAAUUUGUGUCCUAAAUCUGUGUAUCUAUAAUAGAUUAUACAUGUUUUCUACAGCUGGUUUGCCCAGUGUGUUUCAGUUUGGCUGCAGGUCGAAGUCUAAUUUUAUUAUUUAUGCACAUAGCAAUCAGCUUUUUUAUUAUUUAAUAUGCACAAAAUGGUAACACUUUACAAUAAGGUUCCAUUAGUUAAUGUAUUAACUAACAUGAAUGAUAGAUUUAUUACAGUUUUUAUUCAUCUUUGUUAAUGUUAGUUAAAAAAAUAUAAUGUUGGUUCAUGUUAAUUAACAGUGCAUUAACUAAUGUUAACAAGCACAACUUUUGAUUUCUAUAAUGCAUUAGUAAAUGUUGAAAUGAACAUGAAUUAACUAAGAUUAAUAAAUGCUGUUGAAGUAUUUUUCAGGCUUAAUAUUCUUCAGCAUUUACAUUACAAAUGAAUUUGUGACUUUUGUCAUAAUUUGUGAUUUAUUUAUGUUUUUACAUACUAAUACCAAUUUCUCAGCAAUUUUUACACAAGGAAAUAUUUUAAACAUGGCAUAACCAAAUUAAACUGAGAAAUAUGUCGGCUUAUAUUUUGAUCAUUAGUUCUUUUAGCUUAUUUUAAUUUAUUAAAAUGUUCUAAUUUAAA